UAAGGUUUUGUUCACCAUGUUGGAUGAACAGCUCAUUUCAGUUACCUCGUGACCAAUACUUUUAUCAUGUCACAUAAGCGUCGUGAGCUUGAAGUGUAGAGGAUCAGCCGAGUGACGUUUUUUUCCUCAACUGACAGCGUCAAGGCCCAGCGGAACCAACGGAAGGACUGCUGUUUUUAUGUGGAGAUACAGAUACCCAUUAGCUAGCUCUGAGUUGUCAGAUUGAAUACGGCUGUCUAGCUCCUGGCGGUAGAUUUUGUCCCACAACAAACGGAUUUAACUUGUUAGUCUGUUUGGAUGCGCGCUUCUGAGCCGUAUUAGGACAGAGUAGAAUACAGAUACACACACAAAGCUGUCGAUGGGGGAAUUACUUUGUCUGCCAGCCGUCUGUGAGGAUUUCUCUUCUCGUGUUUUGAGUCAUGGUCGAAGCUUCGUCACCCUGUCAAACUGAUGGGGGUUUCUUUGGAAGCACGCGGCUCGGUGGAUUGCUAUAAUAAUAUGUGAAUAGGGUGGAUUGCCGAGGCCCGGGCCUGCCUGCCUCUCUGCGCUGCUGUAUUGUAGCCUUGGCUGGGUUACACCUCCUCUGCACCGGAUCAGCAGCGUUAAUUACGACUCUGAGAUUACCUCUGCCAUCAGAGUAGCUGUCUGGCCUGUGCACACAUCUGAAGGAGAAUUCAGUUUGCAAUAACCGAUGCGAUUUUAAGCCGUGUGGUGAGAAAAGCAACGGCGCCAGACCCGAGUGUGUGGCAAACUUGGAACACUUAUAAGAUGAAUGCUCUGCUUCCCAUGUGACCUGCUUUAGAUCGCACUGUUUUAUUAAGAGGGGAAGGUGAAUUUUUCCCAGGAGGAGAGGUAGAACAGUCUCUGUGAAGUGCAUAGAAGUUUUUUUUCUAUUGAAUAUUUUCGGUUUGUCACUGACAGCAGUGGCACUGUUAAAGCUGCAUAGAUUGUAUGUUUGGGUGUUCCAUUGACCAUAAUAUGCUCUCCGUCACUAGUUUCAGACUUCAGUAGUCUAAUGGUGUACCUAAUAGAAAAUUAAUUUAGGGGAAGUGGGGCAGAGCCUAGUUAGUAUUAUGCUAAAACGCCAUACCAGAUAUCGGAUAAUUUCUGUCAAAGUGAUUGACUUUGGACGCUUAAAGGACAAAAUAUAUAUUUUCUCUAUGUUUGCCAUAAGUUGUAUUAACCGUGGGGUUGCUGUCUGGUUGCCAUUAGUAUCAUUUUGAGAAGCAGUUUGAAAGGAGGCAUUUAAGUAUCAUUGGAUGGCUCUUUGCGGUACAACUGCUGCAAAUGUUACAAAAAUGAUGGCUGCUUACAACGGUGGCUCCUCAGCAGUAGCUGCCCAUCACCCCCAUCACCACCACCACCAGCUCCAGCACCUACCGCCUCCCCACAUGCAUCACCACCACCACCACGCGGGCCAGCAUCACUUACAGCACCCAGGCUCAGCCGCUGCUGUGCACACGGUCCAGCAGCACACAUCAACGGCUGCCGCUGCGGCGGUGAUGCUAAACCCCGGACAGCAGCAGCCCUACUUUCCGUCUCCAGCCCCCGGGCAAGCUCCCGGGCCGGCGGCGGCCGCGGCUCCCGCACAGGUCCAAGCGGCUGCAGCAGCCGCUGUCAAAGCUCACCACCACCACCACCACCACCACCAUCAGCAGCAGCAGCAACACACGCACCAUUUACAGCAGCAGCUGGAUAUUGAGCCUGACAGACCCAUCGGCUACGGGGCGUUUGGAGUUGUCUGGUCAGUGACAGACCCCAGAGACGGAAAGCGAGUUGCUCUCAAAAAGAUGCCUAAUGUCUUCCAAAACCUUGUUUCUUGUAAGAGGGUAUUUCGUGAGCUGAAGAUGCUGUGCUUCUUCAAACAUGAGAAUGUGCUCUCUGCGCUGGAUAUACUACAACCUCCACACAUUGACUACUUUGAAGAAAUCUAUGUAGUAACUGAACUGAUGCAAAGUGACCUCCAUAAGAUCAUUGUAUCACCGCAGCCUCUGAGCUCAGACCAUGCCAAAGUUUUUCUUUAUCAGAUUCUGCGAGGACUUAAGUACCUUCACUCUGCUGGAAUUCUACAUCGAGACAUCAAACCUGGCAACCUCCUAGUCAACAGCAACUGUGUGCUCAAGAUCUGUGAUUUUGGCCUGGCCCGAGUGGAGGAGUCGGAUGAAUCAAGACACAUGACUCAGGAAGUGGUGACACAGUACUACCGAGCUCCAGAAAUCCUCAUGGGGAGCCGCCACUACUCCAACUCAAUUGAUAUCUGGUCUGUAGGCUGCAUCUUUGCUGAGUUGCUAGGGCGACGCAUCCUCUUCCAAGCCCAAAGUCCUAUUCAGCAGCUGGAUUUAAUCACUGACCUGUUGGGGACACCUUCUAUGGAGGCGAUGAGGACGGCAUGUGAAGGCGCUCGUGCACAUAUUCUCAGAGGACCUCACAAACAGCCAUCCCUUCCUGUUCUGUACACACUCUCCAGCCAAGCAACCCACGAAGCAGUGCACCUUCUCUGCAGGAUGCUGGUGUUUGAUCCGUCAAAGAGGAUUUCAGCCAAAGAUGCCCUGGCUCAUCCUUAUCUAGACGAGGGUCGACUUCGCUACCACACGUGCAUGUGCAAAUGCUGCUAUACCACAUCCUCGGGUCGUGUGUACACCAGUGACUUUGAGCCCAUCACUAACACCAAGUUUGAUGAUGGCUUUGAGAAGAAUCUGAGCUCUGUAAGACAAGUCAAAGAAAUUAUCCAUCAAUUCAUUUUGGAACAGCAAAAGGGAAGUAGAGUACCACUCUGCAUUAAUCCUCAAUCAGCUGCUUUCAAAAGCUUCAUCAGCUCCACAGUGGCUCAGCCCUCUGAAAUGCCUCCAUCUCCGCUGGUGUGGGAAUAGCUACUGUUUUGUGUCGUUAUUUUUCCUGACUGACAAGCUGCUAAACUGGGAACAAGAAAGGGUCUCAGUGUCUUCUAUCAUCUGUGUAGCAUUUCACUGGAGAGCAGGACUCACAGGUCUGCUGGGUUUAUGCUGAAAAAUGGAAUCAAGAAAGGUCCACUGAUAAUUGCUUUAUGGUGGUGUGUUAGAGGGUUUAAAUGGAAAUUAAUGACAGAAAAGCUCUGUAUAAUGCUUUGUACAGAAUUUUUCUAAACAAACUGAGAACAUACACACAUCAUAUAUAUAUAUAUAUGUAUAUAUAUAUAUAUAUAUAUAUAUAUGUGUGUGUGUGUGUGUGUGUGUGUGUAUAUAUAUAGUGUUUGUGCACAAAUGAUAUAUAAAAUGUAUAUUUUACAAAUUCUGCAAUCACCAUCUCAUUAAUUUAGAAAACUAGGCUACUUUGCACCCGUCAUUUCUGUCUUUCUGCAUUAUUUCCAACCACACUUUUUAUUCUGACAAUCAACUGUAACAUUAUUAUUAUGGGCAACUGAAAAUUUCCCAUAUUUUAGAAUUUUUACAAAUUUGCUCUCUGUAGCAUUAUUGUUUUAUUUAUUUUUAAUCAUUUGUAUUAAAAAAAAUGUCGCCUUGUGGCCCCACUGCAUAUUUGACAGUUUUCAUGUAUUCAUUCUUUUGACAGAAGGGGUGCUAAUUGAUUUUGGACAAUUUUGCCUAUUUAACAUCUGAUAAAAAAAAUCUAAACCUAAGACCAACAUAUUCUAAAUAGUUCUAUUGAAAACACAGGGAACAACCAAACAUGGAGAGAUUUGGAUUCAAAUACAGGCAACUAUAUGAUCCAUCUAUUUAUGCUGUGAAAGUUUUUUUGGUUUACUUAUGUCUUGUUCCAGCACAUCAAAAUUGUGAUAGCUUGUCACACAGCCAAUUCAGACCAAAUGUUUCCUGAUUAAUUACUCAUCAUCUUCUCAUAGUGUCCUUCUAUGUGGAAUUAGUUCACCUUUUGUCAUUUGCUUACAAAACAUACAGCAUAGGAUGUCUGUUGUCCAAGAAAGAUACAAAAGUUUCCCCCCUUUUAGUAAGUUUCAGUUAAAUUAAAUUGCUACAGUGGAUUUUGAAACUAUCUGUAGUUUUCACAGAAAAUUCAUUGAAAUGUUCAAAAUGGAAAAAUGGAAAAUGCUUACAGGAAAGUAAUUAUUACUGUUAAUGUUUAUGUCAAGUUUUCCAUUCACACACUGCCCGAGAGUUGUCAGCCAUAUUGGAUGUGAUACAACAGCCAGUUGCUAGUGACUGGAUGACAGCGGUCUCUGGAGUUUCAUGGCUCCUGCUGGGUUAAAUAUGACAAAGAAAAGAAAAUGCUGCACCAAAAACUUCCCAGUGAUUCUUUUAUUUGCUAGCAGAUGUGGACGCACAAGUUUGUGAAUGCGACAACUCAGAAUGAGGUGACAUGGGAAGUUUAAAAUUGAUAGGUGCUGAUAUUAAAAAACAGAGUUAGGCUCUCAGUUUUUUUGAAAAUCUUGUAAAUGCGAUAACUUAGGAUUUUGAAUAAGGCGACAUAGGAUUUUGAAAUUGUUACCACAGGUAUCUAGUAGGUACCACAGGUAUCUACUGGGAGGCUGACAGGUGGCACUGGCAGUCACAAGUAUUUUUUUCUAUGUUUUGUCUACAUGACAGUCUGACAGUCACACUUAUUCAUCCAGUGAAUACAUCGGUAGCAGCUUGGGAUUUAGUAUCUUGCCCAAGGGUACCUUGGCAUGCAGGCUUGAGCAGUCAAAGAAAGAACCACCAACCUUUCGAGUAAUAGAUAACCUACUCUACCUCCUGAGCUAAAACUACUACCUUCACAGCUUCACAGUAAUAGUUGUGUUUAAAUAGGCAAACCUUUUACUUUGAAGACAAACAGCCUCCUUUUCCAGUUUGUGUCGCACUUUUCUGGUUUCACUGCAGUGCAGACAGUAGGUGGAAAGUGUUUCUAUAAGUCGGUCACAUCCAUUCAAAAAAAUAUACAAUAUCAUAGUGACCAAAGCAAUCGUUAAGUUUUUGGGGAAUACACAUUUUUCCCUAGCAGGGGGGUCACCAACAGGUCUUUAAGCUAGUGUGACUGGGCCUUCAGUGAUCAUUUUCCCAGGGACUGCUGUCAACCUCCUACAACUCACGAUCAGUCAGGGAACACCUUUUCCUUUAUUACUGGUCGUAAACUAGUCUUUCACCCUGUGUAAAUAGAUCGUUAGCCAAAUGUAAGACAAUGUAGACCUUGAGUCUGCAUUGUCACCAUACACCAUGAUUGUCACAUUUCCAAAAUAGCAAAUAAGUUAAUUUAAAUGGUUAGUGGUCAUAUUUCAUAUUUUGCGCAUCAUUUUACAGAUGAAUGAACACAAAUGUUUGUACAUGAGGCCUAAAGAAGGUAAUGACGAUAAGCCUGUCUGAAUUUGUAAACCUUCCCCACUUAUCAUGGAAAGAGUCAGACAUCCUACUGAGAAGAUCAGCAACACACCAUUUCUGAUUGGUAACAUGAACUUGGGUAAAGUGUUCAGUUCCAUUUAAUUUCUGUGCAAAAUUAAAUGGAAUCUGCAGUUGAAAAUAUAUAUGAAGAGAUCAUUUUGGUGGCGCUGGUGAAUGCUCACUUGCAUGCUUCAUGAAGACAAGCUUUGUAAUGAAUAGGAAAUAACUUUAAGAAGGAAUUAGCCUAAAACCCUGCUUCUAGACUAGACAAAAUAAACUCCUCUGAUGCAUACAACGAGUGACUGUAAUGAUAAAAGAACAAACAAUUCUACAGCAAUAUUUCUACCCCCUCGUUUGACCAACCAUAUCAGUUAUACUACUUAUAACACGUUCAGUAAUCACAUAUAAUUUAAGAAGUCCCAUCAGACUGACUGAAAAACUGUUGUAUAAUGAAGGAAUGUGUUUUAUCUACAUAUGUGCCUCCUAAAGUUCCCCUCUUGGACAUUCUCAGUCAAGGUGAGCUAUUUUUUUUCCCAAAAGAGUCUGAAGAGAAUUAUUUCUUAUUAAAAAUAACCUAGAAGCUUGCACUGAGCUGAAAUAUAUCAGGUUUCCAUUGUUCUCUGUAACCUUUGCUGGACUUGCUGUGUACUGUACACUUUCUGCACUGAAACAGAGCUGAUGCAAGUCCGGGUGUUUAUGGUUCUUCAUAGUCUGGGUCCUAUUUAAGUGGACUUGGCUAUUCAUUAUUUUCCAUGAGCACAUUAAAAGUAUAGCUUUUCUGUUGGGACAUUAGCAAGCUCACAAGUCUCACAAGUGAGACUGUAAGUUAAUCUAACCAAAGCCAUGUGAGCCACAUUUUUUAUCCUACCUUUUAACAUCCUUACCCCGCCAGCAAGAAGAAAAGAGCAGAGGGUAAAUACUGUCAUGUAAUUAACUUUAACAGUUAACAAACACAUUGACACUUUUUAAAACGUUUUUGCAGGCAAGAAAUUGUUAUUGUCAUCAAUAGGCUGUUUUCUGCAGCAAGACUGCAAUAUGACAAGGUCUGGUGACAAUACAAUAACAAAAUGCAAAAUACAUUUCAGAGACUUCAUGUCAGAAAUGGCAUGAAUAUAUAUAUAAAUUGGGUCAAUACAGUAAAAAGAAAAUGUGCAGAAAAAUAAUUAAAAUUGUAAUUUUUUUGUGAGCCACUGACUUUUUGGGUGGCUGUUGGUUAGCCAAAGCAACGCUUUGUUUGUGUGUUAUCACAUGUAGAUUGUUGGAAUGGAACAGCAACGGAAGAAUCAGACUUAGACUGGAAAAUACAUAUUCAAAGAACUAAAAUCAUAGUGAGCUAAAGUAGCUUUCCUCUGAUGAGAAGAAAGCUUUUUCAUUAGAAGGACCAAUCGGAACCUGUCUAAAUACAAAGUAACUGAUCUGGUGAAAACGAGUGACUGGCAGUUAAACCAGCAGUAUAUUUUGUUUUAACCUUGUUCUUUCUACUUGAAUCUGUCAUCACAUACUAUAGACAUUCUUCAAAAAUUGUACUAAGCAGCUCUUCUCUGACAGGAGAAAAGUAGCACAUGAACAUCUCAAAAAUGACAUGGUCUUUUCUACAUGUUUUUCCCUAGAUGGUAAUCCAGUGCAAAUAUGUGCCCCUGCUCUUUCUCAUGUGUGUACACUGUCUUCAGGAGAAACAAAGUUUUUGACGUAAUUUAUUUAAUAUAUUUUUAGACUUGUUAUCAAUUUCUGUUCUUGUGUCCUAUGGUAUGCAUUCUUUUCACACCUCAGAAUAUAACUAUGUAUAUAUAUGUUAUAUAGAGAAGCAAAUCUACAACAACCUACAAAAAAAACCACACAAAAAAACACUGUAUAGGGAUUGUAUUAGCCUGUACAUUUCUAAGGCUGUGAAAUUUUUUAAAAAAAAAACUUGCAUACAAAUGUAUAUAUUUUCUUGAUUUUUACCCUGCAACUAGGAUGUGGACAGCAAAUCCUGUAACAAUUAAAAGAAAUGCAGUCAUCUUAACUAUAACUUGUGUGUACAGCAGUUGUAGAUAUGUCUAAGGAAAAUGCAUUUUUUUGUUAUUAUUUUUAAUUAUUUUGUCACGGCAACACUGUGAAUAUGUAUAUUAAGAAUUCACCGUGUUGGUCUCUACCUCUUGAGCUCAAUAACUUGGCAUUGUUUACCUCCACACAUUUCUGAUCAUGUGGGGAUGAAAUAAAAAAAACAAUAACAAAAAAACACUUGAAUGUCCAUUCAUGCUUUUAUACCGAAAUAAUAAAAUAUGCUGCCCCUCCACAUACAUCUUCCGACAGACCUUUCUUGCACUCUGUAAUACAAAACCUACCAGUAGCCAAGGGUUACCUGACUGUUAGAUGUUCUGACCAUGAUGGUUGCAUUCAAAGCUCACUGUCAGGGACAGCAGUGUCAGCAGUUGCGGUUCCAUUAUCCAUAAUUUAACUAUGCCCUGUAAAAUCUAAUUAGUUCCCAGAACUAAAGUAGAGCUCACUUAAGAUAACUAAGUAAGGACAGCUUAUUCAUUGCGAGUACACAGUACUAAGAAUAACUUGAUAUUUUUGAGUGAGCAAUACUAAUUGUUUACCCCACUGACAAACAUUUCAAGUUCUACUAAGUUAAAAAAAUUUGUGGUGACUUACUAUUUUUAAUUUUCCUUACAUACAAAUAAAUGCAGCUAAAUCACAUUAUGUUUUAUCAUCCUUAAACUUAAGAGAUUUCUAGUACAAGUAUGAUUCAAAAAGAAAAAUUAAAAGCACUUGCAAUGCAGUUAAAAUUAUCCCAGCCUUUUUUUUUUCAAAUGCAAAAAAGUAUGUCAGCCAACAUACUGGACACUGUUAUGUUUAACAACAAACAAGUAUAUUCCCAUUCCCCCAUUAGAUUUUAAAUAUUAGUACAAUUAAAUUGUAUAUUUAUUUGUUAAGACAAUUUAAACCUUUAAUAACCUUACACUGAGACAAAUUCUCAGAUUUAAUUAUUCUGAAACUAAGUUUAAGCUUCCCAUAACUUUGUAUUGCAAGUUACAUUGCUGAUAUAAUAAAUAUAAAAUGUAUUUUUGUUCAAACAACACAUUUGUUUUGCAUUCAAACACGGAAGCUUUGUGUCUUGUAACAUUUUAAGGAUGGUUUGUUUCCAUUCCUGGCAUUACUGCCUGAAUGACUGCCAUGGAUUUAGGCGAUCCAAAUGUAAGUGCCUCAAUAAAGUCUUUGACAUUGUUGCAACUUCCUUUAAGUACAGUGGCAGUGGAUGUGGGUUGGAAGUGCAAUGACCUCAAACCUGCAGGUGACCAUCUUCACUGACCACACCAUCUGUGACGGAGGGCUUAUCACUACUGGUGUCCUGGAAGGAAACAAUCGUAUUAUUGUAUGGUCUACCUUACAAUAUAAAGCACCUUGAGGCAACUGUUAUUGUGAUUUUGCACUGUAUAAAUAAAAUUAA